UUCUACUUACUCACUUGUUUUUUCCUGUAUUUACUUAAGGGAGUUAUGUAUCCCCUGCUUAAUGUCCUCUAUCAGCAUCAUGAGAUGUGAUUUUUAAAUCUGAUUCUUGCUUUUUCAGUGUGUUGGGGGAUCCAGGACUUACUGUGGUGGGAGAAGUGGGUUUUGAUUAUGUCAAAUAGCCUUGGUUUCUGUUGCUUAGGUACUUGUGCUUGCUUCUCAUCAUCUGAUCAUCUCUGGUGUGAGUUUGUCUUGCUGUCUCUGACUAAAGUUUGUCCACCCUGCAGGCUUGUACUAAAGUUUGUCCACCCUGCAGGCUUGUUGCCCUGGGACAACACUCCUGGCGAGAAUAGCUCUCUCCUGGUGUGGAUGGCUGUGGAACAGCCUUAUCUCCAGAGUGCAGAUGGAGACCAGAAGGAACCUAUUCCUACUAUUCCACUGUUCCAUUGCCCUGUGUGCUUCUGGAUGAUACUGCUUUGGACAGUUUUUGGGAAGAAUGUGGCAAUCUCACCUCUGAGCUUAGGAGUGAGAGCACUUCUGAGAAACCAGCUCUCUGCUCGUAGGAUUUGUGUUCAAGUGUUGUGGAACAACUUCAGCUCCCAGGCUGGGAGGAUCCUGGUGUCUAAAUUGGUGCCUUGGAACAGGUACUUUGAAGAAGAAAAGGGGGUCAAAAGCGGGCCACCGACGCAUCGAUUCCGAGAACAACCACGGGAUGUUCCAGCCCUCAGUCAUCGCCAAUCUCCUGACCAUACCCUGAUACCACCAAGUUCCUGCUUCCCCGUGUAGCUGCCAAAAGAAAGAAUUUCUAUUGC